UUUGUGUGCCUGGCAUAUAACCGAGACAUUGGUCGGCAAGCACUCGAAGAAGUAACACCAACAGAAUCUGUAUUCCGACCAGUCAAUCACAAACUCACUGAAUCUACCUCACAUCGACUGAACUACAACUUUUGCGACCCACAAGGAACAUCACCAAGUUAUUUUCAUUCGGACGAUUCACUUAUCAAGCAAAAUGGAAGAGGAAUUGCUGUGUUGUGAGAGUGGCGUUGAGACAUUCGAAAAUAUCAAGCGGGCUUAUGAAGAUCCAGUUUUGUUAAAAGACAACCGAGUGCUAGAAACUUUACUGAGAACUGAGGAAAGAUAUUUACCUUCUGCUUCAUACUUUAAAUGCGUACAGACAGACAUUAAGCCAUUCAUGAGAAAAAUGGUUGCAACGUGGAUGCUUGAGGUUUGCGAGGAACAGAAGUGUGAAGAGGAAGUCUUUCCAUUAUCCAUGAACUACUUGGACAGAUUCUUAUCCAUAGUGAACACAAGGAAAAACAGACUACAGUUGCUGGGAGCUGCAUGCAUGUUUCUGGCAUCAAAGUUAAAAGAAACAAUUCCACUGACUGCAGAAAAAAUUGUUAUCUACACAGACAAUUCCAUAUCCUAUCAAGAACUUCUGGACUUGGAAUUGUUAGUAUUACAGAAACUAAAAUGGGACUUGUCGGCUGUCACCCCACAUGAUUUCUUGGAACAAAUUUUAAGUCGACUACCAAUUGACAGAGAAAAAGCUACGGUGAUGAAGCGACAUGCUCAGACGUUCAUUGCUUUGUGUGCCACAGACUUCAAGUUUGCGAUGUAUCCCCCCUCUAUGAUCGCUGCAGGCAGCGUGGGUGCGGCGGCACAUGGGUUGUUGGGGCCAGGGUGGGCAGACCAGGCUGACCUGAUGGAACAGCUACAGAGAAUCACAGGCAUUGAUGCUGACUGCCUAAGAGCGUGCCAAGAACAGAUCGAGCAAGCAUUGUCAACCAAUUUACCACAGCAGGCAGAUAGCCCUUCUAAGCGUGAAACCACCAGUAGCCCGACGUCCAAGGAGCAUCCUACAACUCCUACAGAUGUCCGUCACAUCGAAGCUUAUCAUUGAACUGUAGCAGCAGAUUCGCCAUCCUGCAGUGAGUCAUCUGUCCAAGCUAGACUAGCUACACAGCAAGCUUAAAUAUAAAGAUCUGACGGUGACGGGCCAUCCUGCACGAGACAAGCCACCGACAGUGGGAUUGGUUGACCUGUUACCUCAGUCAUACUACAAUGUCUUUCCAAUAUGGGUCUUAUUGUUAUUAUAAUAAUAGUAAUUAUUAUUAUUAUUAUUACUGCAACUCGUUGUCUCAGAACUGUACCUUAGACAGGACUGCUCAAUCCAAGCCUUCUUACUGCCUCAGAAUCGUUAACUCCAGCAGAACUUGCUGCCUGUAUUUGUAGGACUCAAAAACCAUGUGAUAAAGACUUCUUGCAAGUGUUAGUGCUACACUGCCGUAGGCUAGGGACACUGGCAGUCUACCAAAUGAGACAAUGCAUUAUUGUUAUGAUUUCAUACAGGAGUCUGGAGGUUCUAGCCCUGUGGAACCCAUUUUUUUUAAUGUGAGCACACACCUAUAUGUAUUUAUGUAUGUAACAAGUCUCUUUUUAUGUUUCUUUUUUUUUCUGGGGGUUUGUCCCCUCCUAAAUACCAGCAUGAUCCGAUUGUACAAUCAUUAAUAUACUUGGAACAUGCUAGUAUUGAUUAAAAUACAGGAUUUUGUUUUUUUAUUCCCAAAUGUUUGCAUCGGAUCAGCAGCAUGGGAAUCUGAAUGAUAGGCUUCUGGCAGUUGUGUUGGACAGGUGCCCAUGCUGCUGAUGUGCUGUGACUUUAUAUUGCCAAAAAUAUUGGGCCCUCUUCAGUGUGGACUGGGGUGUGCCACCCCCGGAGAUUUCCAAAAUGUGAUAUGGUGCACCGCCCGGUAGACACUGCAGGGGGCUGCAUGUAGAUAGAAGCCUGCUUGGGUUACUUUUUAUUAAGUUAAUGAAAAUAAUUCAAUGGAUAGGGAAAUAGAAAGUAUGUGUUAAUCUGUGCCAUCCUAUGCAGUCUUGUGGUGAUCUGCAGUUACCAAUCAACAAACGGUUAACUAUGGAUGUAAAGAUUGCUCUUGUAUCUUUAGUUGAGUAGUUGAUAUUGCAAGAUUUCUUAGCAAUUUGGCACUACUUUGACCAGAGGACAUUGUGUCCAGCGUGUUGGUCAUGUUAUACCCUUGUGUUCAUCCAUCAUGUGUCCAGCUAGUACAUGGAGAGUGGAGAGAGUUUGUAGACCCAGAGUAUGAGUGCUAAUUCUGGGUACAAUUAUUAAUUUUUUUUUUCAAGGAUUAUAAUUCUUGAUAUCCUCAUUAUUGAGGUUAUUUGUUAAAAUUGACAAAAAUGUCUUCCAUUGGUGUUACUUGAAUUUCAUCAUUAAUCUAGAAGAGAAUUAUGUCAUCAAAUGAAACAACUUUGAUAUUUUGUUUACAAAAAAUGUCUGAAUUGUGAACUUGUAGUUCACGUGAAUGUGUAUCUUCAAAUAUACUUACAAUUACAUUUCCAGUUAUUGAAUAACUGAUUUUAGGUGAAUUUUUCCACAAAUGCCUACUUAUUAUCAGAAAUGAGCUUUGGAUUGAAUUCCUUUAACUUCAAACAACUCCAAUCUAAAUUGAGGCCAAUAGUUUACUGACACAAAAUAUAACCAGAAUAAACUUAAGAUCAGAAUGGAGCUAGGCAGUAAGGCAAACUGAAGUUAAACGUCUUUGCUCUUAAACUUGCCAUUAUGUCAGUUUCUGUUUUAGUAGGCAUUUGAAGUAACCAUUGUUUAUGUUACCCACUUCUUUGCUUUGUGUGAAGGCUAGAUAUCUUCAUUAUUUUUGGGUUUAUGUUUCUGCCUGGUGUCUGUGCACAGGACUUUAGUAAUUGUGUGCUGUGAAAAAAUUUCUAGUCUGUUUGCUAGCAGGUGAAAGAAAGGUAUAGAUCCUGCAGGGGGUGGAGGGGGAGGGGGGGACAUGUUGUUGCUGGUAAAUAACAAAGGUGGUAGACAUCAUUUGUAGCCAGUGGCUUUCACCUGCUAGCAGCCCUGUAAUUCCUUCUGGCGUGUUCUUUCCUUGUGCUGAAUAAGAUCAUCGAUGACAUUGACAGGGGAGGGGUGGGGGGACAUUUUCUUAAUUUGUCCAACAAGAACCACCUGAGGUUUUUGUAAUGUUAAAAUGUCCAAAAAGUCUUCCAGGGAGCAAGAUGGGUGAAGUACUCAUUAAAAGUGUUGACAGUGACAGGUUGAGUGAAACAGCACUCCAGUCUUUAGAACUGAGUAAAGCUGGAUGUGUGUACAAGAUAAUGCAAGAGUUAUGGAGUUUACUCGAUGUUUAAAUUUAGCUGAUGUUAAGUCUUUCAGGAAAGAUGGAUAUGCAAACAGAUUGUCCAUAACUUGUUAGAAGAAAGGGUUCUGUCUUUGGUGUGCACAAAAAGGUAUACCUCAGCUUACUAGCUGUCGUAAUGAAUGUGGUUUAAGCAAAUGUGAGUGAAAUUUUCCAUUGUUAAAAUGGAAGGUAUGUUAUGUAAAUAACGGGAAAGAAAUGAAAUAAAAUUUUUGAAGAAAUAAAAAG